UUUUCCUCCCUCAGGACCAGCUGUUCAGGAGCAUCCCGAACGGGAGCCAGGCACAUUUGAGACUUGGCUGGGAGCGGAGAGCCCCCGCACACGCUGGUGCAGCAAUGGCGGUGUUAGAAGAAAGCCGGCCAUUUGCUCAACAGUUAUCCAAUGUCUACUUCACGAUCCUUUCACUCUUCUGUUUCAAGCUUUUUGUGAAAAUCAGCCUUGCCAUCCUCAGUCACUUCUACAUAGUGAAAGGCAAUCGCAAGGAAGCAGCAAGGAUAGCAGCCGAAUUUUAUGGAGUAACCCAAGGACAAGGUUCUUGGGCAGAUCGGUCACCACUGCACGAAGCAGCAAGUCAAGGUCGUCUUCUCGCCCUGAGAACAUUGUUAUCACAGGGUUAUAAUGUGAAUGCAGUAACCAUAGACCAGGUCACCCCCUUGCACGAAGCCUGCCUCGGAGACCAUGUGGCGUGUGCCAGAACUCUGCUGGAAGCUGGAGCUAAUGUAAACGCAAUCACCAUAGAUGGCGUGACUCCGUUAUUCAACGCAUGCUCGCAAGGCAGUGCCAGCUGCACGGAACUUCUUUUGGAAUAUGGCGCCAAACCCCAGCUGGAGUCGUGUCUUCCUUCUCCCACCCACGAGGCCGCCAGUAAAGGUCACCAUGAAUGCCUCGAAAUACUGAUAUCCUGGGGCAUAGACGUUGACCAAGACAUUCCUCAUUUGGGAACGCCUCUGUAUGUGGCUUGUAUGUCACAGCAAUUCCACUGCAUCCGGAAGCUUCUUUAUGCUGGUGCUGAUGUCCAGAAAGGCAAAUAUUGGGACACUCCAUUACACGCGGCUGCCCAGCAGUCCAGCACGGAAAUUGUAAACUUACUGCUAGAAUUUGGAGCAGAUAUCAAUGCCAGAAACACAGAGCUUCUGCGACCUGUGGAUGUAGCCACUUCUAGCAGUUUGGUGGAAAGGUUAUUGCUUCAACACGAAGCUACUCCGACCACUCUUUGCCAACUCUGCCGGCUCUGUAUCAGAAACUACAUUGGAAGACCAAGACUGCACCUUAUCCCACAGCUCCAGCUGCCAACAUUGCUGCAGAAUUUCUUACAGUACCGAUAAAGCCGUCAAAUAAUUCUGAAUACUUUCAAACUCAUUUCUAUUUCAUCUGCUUAGUGUACAUUUUUAAUUAAAUUACGCUAAUGAUAGAGUGUAAGUGAAUAGGGGGCCCCAUUCAGGAAGAGGUGAAUUUAAAUUUUAAGUGUACUAGUGAGUACUACUGUUUUAUGCAUUUUUACUGUUUUUUGGACUAUAGCAUAUUUAACAUCCCUAUAUGCUAUUAGCCAUUCCCAUGUACCCUUUUGGAUUUGGGGGUGGGUGGAAAGAGGGAAAUCUCCUUUCAUGUCUUUUUAAAAUGAAAAAGAAAAAUGUGAACUCUUACUAAAACUUCGUAUUCUAAAAUGCCUUCAUUCUUCGAAUAAUGCAUUAACUUUCAAGUGUUAGCCACUGGAAUUGAUUAUCUCUGUAUUUUUCAUAUUAAUGCAGAAUAUGCGUAUGAUUUAGAAAAUAGCAAGUAAUAUCCUUUUUGAAAUAAAGAUGGCUGUCAUUCAGGAAACCCACUAUGUUGAAUGUGGACCUGUCGUUAUAAUGAUCAAUUCAUGAAUUCAUCCCUCUAAAUUCAUGAAUUCAUGAAUUCAUCCCUCUAAAGAUCUCACUAGUCACUUCGCCGCCUUCAGUGUCCCCAUUCCAGAAACUGGUGGGACUUCGGUGAUGGCUCCUUCUGUCUCGUCCUGAGAUGGUUGGAAUAUUACACCCCUACUAAGGCUAUUUUAAGACCUCCUCCUUCUCCACGAUAGGCUCUGAGGGUCUCUCUUCAGUGCUUUUGUAUAUACACUCUAGCCUUCUUCGGCCUGAGAAACUGUCACUAGCUGGUGGGGUCUAGACCGAAGAAAUUGAACUUCAAACCCAAUUGAUAAAGAGACGUCCGGUCACACUCCAAGAUCGGGGCAGUCCAAGGCUGUGGAAACCAGAAGAUCAAAAUCUCCUUAAAUUGUGGGGUUUUCAAAGAAAAGAAAGAGGGGAUGCUACUUAGCAAACUUAGAGACCUUAAAAAAUUUACCCCAUACGUAGACAUUACUAGUGCCGUUUCCAGUCCUUCUUACACAAAGCAGGGGUUCGGCGUAGCCUGUAUUAGCAAGGCGGUGUUGAGGUACGUAGUAGUGUCCUCUGCAAAGAUGUUUACUGUGUUCUGCUUUGACUGUACUUCAGUGCAGUAGAAAACAUAAUAAAACAAAUUUCUGCCUCCUUUGUAAUUUAGACUAGAUGUGAGUCUAUUGUGGACUAAGAAAUAAGAUAAUCCGGACACUCACAACUGUGUGAAGUAGAAAAUAUUUUGAUGAGUUUUAUAAAUUUAUCAAAUUUUGAUAAAAUAUUUUGACUACUACUUAAAUAACCCAGGGGCUUGUUUUCCUUUGUUCUUAGUUCUUGACUGACUUUUGGAGACCCAUGGGAAAUAAACUAUUCUUGAAUGUAACCCCAAAGUCACAAAGAUUGCAUUUUUUAAAAAUCAUGUUUAGAUUUUCAAAAAUAGAAGUAAGGCUGUAGCAUGUUUCCUUAAAAAUGUCUUCUAUGUGGCUAGAGAGUUUUAUAUGAGUCUAUUUUACUGAAUAUCCCAGCCUAACAAAUUUGUAAUGUCCUCAUAAAUAAUGUGCAUUUAAUUUAUUACAGAGUAACCUCAUUACAUAUAAUUAGGUAUUCAAACUGUUUUUCUAGUAAAACAGGUUUCUAGUAGUAUUUUCCUGAGCUAGAGGUAAUCUUAGAGUGUAAGGUAAUAUAAUUCAUCCCUUAUCGUUGGUUUUGUACCAAUAAGAGAAGUAAAUACCAAAUAUUAAAAUUAAAAUGGACAUUUUAAAAUUUUAGUAUGCUGGUAUCUUUUAUCUUUGCUUGAGUAUGGUUGUCUUAUCAAAGAAGUGUUCUAAUUUAAAUAUAUCAUCUGUUUGUUAAUGUAUUAAAGUGUGACUAUUAUCCCUGGAAUAAACACCUUUUCUUUUUUCUC